ACAAAUAAUUCGUAUCGUUUGGACGUAUGUAUAAAAAAUUCGGUAUAAAAUCGCCAGCCUUCCCACAACCUUGCUCAGUUAUUUUAUACGUUCCAGCCUUUUAGCCAGUCCUAAUUUUCAAUCUUUCCAUUAAUUUUGAAUAAGAAAAGUGAAAAAUGAACACGAUUUUCGUCCGGCUUGCCAUCUUCGCCACGGUGGCGAAUGGUCAUGUGGAAAUUGAAAGAAAAACUGGGUCAACUCGAAGCUCGGCGUUGGGUGUGGUCGACCCAGUCCGAAGGUGUGGGGGGCUAGCGACUCAAAUUCAGCUUAGGAUUAGCGACUGUGAAGGAAUUUGCCAACUUGUACCGGGAAAAAUUUACAAUUGUGAAAACGAUUUUAUGCCAAGUAUGGCAGCACCCUCGCUCAUGUUAAAAAUCGAGAUUUGCAUGAGUGCUGGAUUUUGCAUGGUGAUUAUCGACACGGAGUUGCCAAAUUCCUCGGUGCAGCCUGGAUUCGUAUACACAGCGAAAUAUUCCAUUGUUCCGAACGAUAUCUUAUCAGGACAAAGAGUGGAAUUCCGUGCCUAUAUUAUGCACUCGGAUGACUUACACAUCGACGUUUGUGUUGCUGCGGAUGUGGACAUCCUUUAAGAAGAAUAUUUUUAAAAUAUAUUGAUUUCUUAAAAUUGGGAAGAUGUAAUAAAAAAAAUUAGACGGAAAAUA